UCUGUCACGGACGCGCACACAGCAGCUCAACAUUUGAGAAUAGAGCUUAACUAUCUGCACAUACAUCAUCCUAAAGCUACAAUCAAAACAUCACAUAAUUACAAUUAACGACAUUUUUCUCCACUGGAAAUUGAUGAAUUUGCCUGACCGGUCGCCGUAGCGGUCCAUCCGAUCGUUAUUGCUCUUAUAUCCUUCCUUCCUUCCCGCAUCUAAAGACUGAUCUACGCUACAAGAUGGCUGAGUUGAAUUUGGGGAAGGGGCUGACCGCAGGGAAAGUGGCCAGCAACGUCCAGAAAAAACUAACAAGAGCCCAAGAAAAGGUUCUUCAGAAGCUUGGCAAAGCCGAUGAAACCAAAGAUGUUGCUUUUGAGGAGGGAGUGAUCAACUUUAACAAACAAUAUACUGAAGGCAGCAAACUGCAAAGGGACCUACGGGCAUACCUGGAUGCAGUGAAAGCCAUGCACGAGUCCUCCAAUAACGUGCAGGCGUGUUUGGCUGACAUGUACGAGCCGGAGUGGUACGGCAAGAACGAAGUCGAUUCCGUUGUGGAGGACUGUGAUGUACUGUGGACUGACUACCACCAAAAGUUGGUCGAUCAUGCUCUCAUCUCCAUGGAUACUUACCUGGGCCAGUUCCCUGAUAUCAAGGCACGUAUAGCUAAGAGGGACAGGAAGCUGGUUGAUUAUGACAGCGCCAGGCACAGCUAUGCCACCACACACAAGACCAAGAAAAAAGACGGGAGUAUUAAAAUUACCAAGCCCUCGUCUUUGUUGGAGAGGGCCACUCCGGGUUGGGCUCAGGGUAUCUUGUCUGCACACAAUGUUGCCCAGAGCAGUCUGUCCAGGAGCCAGGCUGAGGAAGAGUUGGACAGAGCCCAGAAGGUGUUUGAGGAGAUUAAUAUUGACUUGCAGGAGGAAUUACCUUCACUCUGGAACAGUCGUGUUGGGUUUUAUGUCAGCACCUUCCAGAGUUUGUCUGGUUUUGAGGAGAAGUUUCACAAGGAAAUUGGCCGGUUGGAUCAGGAUUUGUACAACACUUUAGAGAAAUUGGAGAGAACAGACACGCAGCAACCAAGCAGAAAGACAGAUACCCGCGGCGCCUCAUCGUCAGGAACAAAUAGGAGUGCAACAAGUGGAAGAGAAGCAUCUAACCACAGUCUCAGGCCAGGAGGACCACCGCCAAUCCCCAAAUCUCCAUCCAAGCUGAGGCCUGCAAUGCCUCCUCCACCCAAGGUGACCCCAUCUAAGGAGAUGAAAGCAGAGAACAUCAUCAGCCUGUUUGAUGCUGCAGCUACUCCUGAUAUCAGCGUCACCUCCCCUACAGAGCCCGCAAACUGGGACUCAUGGCAUGAGGACAGUGCUGCCCAGGAAGAGUACACCGAGCAGCACUAUGACGCUGUGACUGCUGCUGCAGAUGCCUGGGGGGAUGAUGGUUCGCAGCCUAUCCACUAUGACCCCAUAGCAGCUGCCACAGACGGCUGGGGGGAUGACGGAACCAUACCAGUUCGCUAUGACGCUGUGGUUCCGGCUCACGAGGUAGGGGGGGAUGAUGAGAGCCAGCAGGUUAAUAACGAUUCUGUGGCUGAAGCCCAGGAGGACUGGGACGAUGUCGGGGGCCAGCCAGUCACAGAGGAGGUGCCCACCCCGGAGGAUGAAACACCUGCAGCUGAGGCUCCAGCUGAUGCUGUUGAGGAAGAAGCCACACCGGCGGCCGCUACGUUGGAUGAUGAAGAGGGUCAGGGUGAGACUGCGGCAGCUGCUGCAGCACGGGAGGAAACAGCGCCGGAGGAAGCCGCUCCGGAGGAAGCAGCACUGGAGGAAGAAGCACCAGCAGAGGAGACGCCUGAAGUAGCGGCAGAAUCAACAAAAGUAGCAUCACAGCCUCCAGAAAUGCCACCUGGCUUCUUGUUCAAGCUCCAGGUGAUGCAUGAUUAUGCUGCCAACGACACAGACGAACUGGAGAUGAAGACUGGUGAUGUGGUGCUGGUAAUCACCUUUGACAACCCGGACGAGCAGGAUGAUGGCUGGCUGAUGGGAAUGAAAGAGGACGACUGGAAGCAAAACAAAGAAAAUGCCGCUAAAGGAGUAUUCCCUGAAAACUUCACCCAGAGGCUGUGAAAGAGGAGGACAGGACGUCAUUCCAGCUUUCUUCUUCAUGUCUCUCUUCCUAUUGCCUCAAUCCUUCCUUCCCUCUCUGAUACUGUAUCUUUACUAGGACUUUGGCCAUAGAAGCAGAGCUGUCACAGCCCGGGCUGAAAUCCUGCAUUUCUAAGGUCUGCUACACUGUGCUAAAAGUGGAUCUUGGCAUUUCUGUGGAUUUCUGCCAACAUUUACAAUUACAGAGGUAACCAUUUCACAGGUGCCACUCUUAAUUUUCUCGCUGCACUAUUGCUGCUACUCCAUGCCGGAAGAAUUGAUUUGAGAAUCCUGAUCAUGCAGGAUAGAUGCGGGGAUGGGUGCCUCUGCAAUGGCUACUGCUGCAAUUGCAUUAUAAUGUUUCAUUCUUAGUCAUGUCUCCACAUAAACUCUCCUAGACAUAUUCCACCACCAUAACAGAGAAAAUGUCUUUUGAUCGGUGCUUUUGUUCAUCUGAUACUGAAAGAUUGGGAACAGUGUAAAAUGAUAAAGUCAAUGCCAAGUGUAGCAGAGUAUCCCUAUACACAAGCCCCAACAUCUGUUUUAUAAUGGGGUGUAGUUAUUAAAGCUAUGCUAACAGGAAGGUAAACACAAACUGAGUAGAUUCCUGUUUAGAAACAUUCACCCAGCAGAGUAACACACUGGAAAAAGUAGAAACAACUCCUGCUCAGGCAACUUCCCCAAAGUCAAAUUGUGAAAAUACCUUUGAACAGAUGAGGUACAGAUUCAGCACCUAACCAGCCCAUACACUUAAAAACAGUGAGGACUUUAAACAAUAUUAGCAAUCUCAUCAACCACAGGGCUUGACUUUAGCCACUCACGACUUUGAGUGGGUUGUUGAAACAAAUCUCUAUUUUUGGCAAUAGCCUAUUUUAGCCACAAGUGUAGCCAUCAAUUGUCUUUUUAUUUCCCUCACCUCUGUCCAUUUGCUUAUAUUUGGUGGCUGGCUGCAAUUCUGAGCAUACAUAAGUGGAGCAUAUCAAGGGGCGUGUUAGUAAAAAUAAAGCAUUGCAGAUUUGGUGCCAGUAUUUGCUAUUUACUGAUCCACAAUCCCUCUAAUUAGUCCUGGGCUUCUGCUGCUGUCACAAUGCCUGUUGGACACUUUCAGCCCAUCUUUAACUCCUACUCUAAUUAUUUACUUGUGAAACAUUGAAACAUGGGCCCCUGGUUGUUGUAUUAGUUUAGAUUCAAUAGUGGUAUGAGUAGUAUAAACCUCUUGAUAAAAUCCAAAUCAAUGCAUUUAACUGGCACCAACUUACUUAAAGACAGCAGGAAUUCAAUAUAUAAAUGCUUUAAAAUUCCAAACAGAACAUUUUUUGACAGUGUCCUAUAGACUAGAAAAACAAAACUGUUUUCAUCUUUGACGGUCAUGUUUUUUAUUCGUUGUUGUUUAAAUUUGUGUGAAGUUGUGUGGAGUGGGCAUGUAAAAUAAUAUUUUCAAGGAUUUCUUUUUUUUCAAAAGGGAUUCCAAAUAUGCAUUAGCCUGGCUCGCUAAAAAGCUGGCCACCAAACUACAAUAAUAAGCUGCUACUGGUAGUAUAAUAGUAAGGUAGAAAUGGUUCACCUAAAUACUAAUCAAAUAUAUAAUUACUGAGCCAGCCUCAUUCGUUUUUGAGAAAUGUGCCGAAAACAAAUCCUUCCGUUUGCAUUGAGACGACUUGACUCCAAUGCAGAUGAUUCAGAAUAUGCACCAGAGCAACUUCUUUUAUUUUUGUAUGCUGCCAAGCAAUGAUUACAUAUAGCCUAAUGUAUAUGUCAACAUAAUUGCCAACUUACUGUAGGAUGUUAUGGAGUGUUUUGUACUUCUGUCAGGUUUACUGCUCUCAACAUAGCCGCUUACUGUAGGUAAUCAAAACUAUCUCACAUUCAUUCAGUCACUGACUCAGAAGAGAUUCACAUUGUUCAUAAUGUUAUUAACACGUAAUAACUGUGCGAGAAAACGGUUGUGUGCGAUUGUGUGUGUGUGUGUGUGUGUUUACGGGUUGGUUUGAAACAUAAAUUCUUUAUCUAUAGGCUAUUGUUAUUGGACAAUAUCAGCACCACCUAACAAGGGACGAGGUCGUUCGUUCUACAGGAAGUUUUUUCUGAAUGGACAAAGACAACUCAAACGUAUUUGGGUCUUUUUCCACAGGCUGGUAUUAUGGUUCCAGGUGUUAUUGUGCAUUUGUUGUGUAUAAGUGUAAUUUUGCCAAGCUGUGAUGACAGAUACAUAUUCUAUAAAGACAUUCAUAUCUGUAUGUAAGUUACUGUGAGCAUGCUGACUACCCAUGUGUUGUUGUGUGAACACCCUUAAUUUAAGACAAUGAUACUUGGGACACUUUUGAGGCAGCUGAAACAGGCAAUUUUUUUUAUUUUGUUAUUCUUAGAAAGAGGGAUGGCGGUUAUAUAAUGUGUGUUUUUCCACCAUUCCCUCUCAAAUCAGAUCUGAUUAUAAUUGCUGGUUAUCAGCCUUGCCUCAAAAUGUUGCCGGGCUAUCGUGGUCCAAACAGACUUAAACAUGAUUACAUGAAGACAGGACGCAUAGAGAAAUUCUUCAAACCACCAGACUCAGGUGGACACAUUUUUGUAAUGGUUUUCAGUAUUUUAACAACUUGAGAUGUGCAUGAUUUUUUCAUAUGUAUUUAAAGAAGCCUCACAUGUGAGAACAUCACCUGCACAUUUAGGUAAACUGAUCACUUUCAUAUUUUUAUUUUUAAACAUAUGUAACUUGGUGAGCGCUCCACCUGAGUCUGGUUCUCUAUUUGUCUAUAUAAAGAUGAAGAUGUCUCCUGUGAUGAGCUAUGGGAUACGACAAAAAUGUUUUUCCUGUACCUAACUGACCAAUAAUAAUAAAGAUUACAUAGAAUCUC